AUGAGCCAGCUUCGAGCCACCAGGCCGGGACGGGUGUGUGCUGUCAUCUGCAUCUUCCUUCACCUUCAUUUAAGGGAUCCAGUCCCUGAGGACCCAGAGGAGGGGCCCACCUCCCCGGGAGGGGGAGAGUGUGGCUUUUACCCAGACGAACUGUGUUCAGUGUUAUUUGAAGGGAAACCAGCAGCCCCCCAGCUUGCAAAAUUCUGUAAAAUCUCUCAUCAAUCCCAAAUACUUCCUCACUUACACACACCAGGAAACUGCUCUGGGAUUUCCCAUGGGCUACGUUCUAUAACCAGACCCCUGUCUGCAGAAGAGGGCAACUUUUCUGUCAGUGUUCAUAAGGAGCCGGCGUCGUCUGCGCAGCUUCUCGGAGCGGUUUACGCGCCUCACAACGCUUACUGCACUCACGCCGCAGAGAGGCCUCCGAGGACCAGCGCUGCCGUGCAAACUCUGGCCGGCUGUUCUGAAAACAUUUUUAUUUCAUCUGAGAGAGAAAAGGCAACUUCUGCUGCUGUCACAAGACUACCGGCAGAGGCUAACUGCAUGAAAGAUCUAGUCCAUCCCAAACGCCAGUAGAACGAUGUCCUCAGCCUUUGUGGACAGGAUUUUCCAAUCAAAACCAACCGAGAAAUCAUACACUGCCUCAGAAGCAGAGGGAAGGAUAAAAACAUCACUCCUGGGUCAGUCGAGUCCCCAAAGACUACAUCCAAGACAAGGCCACGUCACCCCAACUCCAGUUCUGAAGAAUCUACCUAUGUAUCUCCAAACAGAAGAGUCCAAGCUGAGCCACCCCGCAACAGAACCUUGCCAAACAGGCAGGCCUCUCUAAGAGACGCAGAGCGCGACUGCUUGUUUCUGCAGAGCGAAUGGAAGUAG